AUGUUUUUUCAAUCUUUCCAUCGCCAACCUCAGCAUCACACGUAUUUUGAGAUGUAUAAAGCAUUUCCAGCAAGCUUCUUUGGAAAAACAGAAGUAGAGAAAGGGAAUUUCAGUAUUUUAUAAACAGUAAUUUUGCCAACCUCGGCUGCUCAGACUUUAGUUAAUCUAAGAAUUGACUAUCCUAUGCUAUUCAAACUUACAAAGGUGCUUAAAUAAUCUUAUGAGGCUUUUAACCUCAUCGCUAAUUUUAGGUAAAAAUUAAGAAAAUAUGUGCAAAUCUCCUCAUCCUUACAAAUACUCAACUUGGUUUAUUUACACACUGUGGAGUACUUGAAUUUACUGCUGAAGAAGGAACCUGCUUGCUUCCUUACUGAGUAUCUCCUAUAUAGCUUAUGAACCAUCUCGGAAUUUCUGAAGGAGGAGAUGUCACAAUAGAAAGUGUCAGACUACCCCGCGGAUCCUUCGUCAAAAUCCAGCCUCAUACAACAGCAUUUAUCGACCUUCCAAACCCUAAAGCUGUCUUAGAAAAUGCUCUGAGAAGCUACGCAUGCUUAAGCCAGGGUGAUACAAUUUCUGUGCAAUUUGCAGGAAGAAGUUUCGAAAUUGAUAUUAUUGAGACCAGGCCUGGACCCGCUGUAAUGACGAUUCAAACUGACCUUGAAGUUGAUUUCGCACCUCCUAAAGACUAUCACGAAGAAGCUCCUCAGCUGAAAAAAGAACCUUCUCUUACAUAUGAGCAAGAAGAAAAAAAACAACAGAAUAAGACUGCAACUUGGCAGGGGACUGGGAAUAGACUUGAUGGAAAGCCUAUCACCAAUUCUAUACCUGCCCGGAAAGAGUCUACAGAUAAAGCUUCAAAUGAAUAUGACCCUAGAAAGCAUCGAUUGGUGAAUGGGGUUAAAAAGACUACAGGAAAUAUGAAAACAAGUUAUUGGGAUACCUUAAGCUCAGGAAAUUCGAUAAAGAAAUAA